ACAUAAUUUGUGCGCGUACCUAUGUACAUACAAUAGCUUGCCUGUGCACAGUGGGGUAAAAAUAUGUUUAUUUUUUCAUUACAUUUAAUUUCAUGUGUGCAUUAUUGUAAAAGACGAAAAAAAAUUAUUCUCUCUCUUGCAGUGAUCGAUUGUCAGGUGGGUGAUUGGACCCCAUGGAGCGAAUGCGAUGAGAGCUGCGGCACGGGAAUCACAUUACGAACGCGAAACAUGACGCAAGCACCCCAAAAUGGCGGAAAGCAUUGUCCAACGUUGACACAAAAACGAAGCUGUCAAGGUUUUCGAUGCCAUGGCGAGCGGGGAAAACGCAUUCUUCACGAAACGGCAUUCAUACUUCCUUCUUCGCUGGCGCAAAUGCAGCAUAGCUUCAAUAAAAGCAAGGAAACUCUUUGGCAUAAGCAUGAUCCCAAACGGCACAAUACAAAUGAGUACGUAUAUUGCAUUGAGUUUGAAGUAAUUAAAGCGGCUAAGGAAUGCCACAAGUUGGCACCCUACAAUCUACUUAUGGAAGGCGAUCGGAUAGCAGUUCAUUGUAACAAGCGAGGAACUUACCAUAAAUUGAAUUUACGGAACGACAAAAUGAAUUCAACUCCAAAUAACGAAGACAAUUCAUAUUGGCCAGAAUAUCAAUUAGACAGUAAUGCUUUUGAAGGAGAUGAAUCAAGUUCAGCAACAGUUAGCAUUGGCAUGAAUACCGUAUCCGUUACGACACCUCUGGCUUUGCGACGCCCCAUAGUUCAUGCUAAUGAUGGGCAAAUUUCGGACAAUGCCCGUUGUCGAGGCGAAGGCGUGCCGGGAAGAACUACACGAUGGCGAGCACUGGCGGCACCGUCAUGUCGCGGCAAGUGGUUGCGUCUUACUUUAGGAACGCCCAAAAAAUGUCCACACUCCAAAUUUGUAUUCGUUUAAUAAAAUUGACAGACGAGUUUUGAAAACAACUCGUUUUAGUAGGAAUUUCAUAUAAAUCAAACGAAUAAAAAUCCUUUAUUAAACGGUUAUAAAUGAAACACAUACAAUAUAUACAUAGCGAUUAGUCUUUUAACAGGAAUUGACUUUAUCUAUGUAUAGUACAUAUUUUAAAAGAAAAGCAAUCUAAACUUCGUUUUUUCAAUAACAUUUCAAAUAAGGCUAUUACUACAACAAAUUGUAAAGCAAAUACCAAAAGAUAAUUGUAUAGUUUUCUAGUAAUAACGCCACAUUAAAUAUACGAUUCUGUUAAGUUAGAAGUAGUGGAACCCUAGACGAUAAGAUGUGUGAGUGAAUGUAACAUCUACAUAGACAUUUAUAAUAGUAACUAAGUAGGUCCUAUGAUUAGUUAACAUUUACUUAAAGGAAAUUACAUACGUACAUAUAUCGUGACAGUGUACAUAUCCUUCUGGGAAAUCAUCAUGAUCUUUUCACUUCCUUUUUUAUUUCUAUAAUUUACUAAGUAUAUUAUUUUUUAACUUUAUAGAGAUAGUAGUCGAUCAGGCACUUUUAGCUAAGUAUAUGUAUGUAGGUCGUGUUAAUUUGAGUCUUCCCAACAUGCAUACAUACACACAUCCAAAAGUAGUCUCUAUGUAUUUUAGUAUCUAGACUUACAUUGUAUGUAUUAAGUGAAAAGUGAAAAAAUGUAUUUGUUGUAAUAUUUCCCAUAUUGAAGCUAUAAAGAAGAUACUGAAACAAAUUUAAAAUGUA